AGCAAUGUCAAGCGGUCAACGAGCGAGUGGUACCCCGCUGUCGUCAUCAGCUUCUUGCUUUGCAAUUAUUAAUCCAUUUUCCUCUUACCCCUGUCCUAAUUAUUUUUACAAAUAUGAGCGGCGCCCUGCGGACUCUACGGACUGUGUCCACUCGAGCUAUACUAAAGCAAAGUUGAAUUAUCACCUUAUCAACUCGCGAUUUGACCCGGAGCCAACCCACUUGUUCCAUAAACAGACCUCGAACGAUACUCAUUUUGCAUAUCGAUAUAGUUCAGCAUGAAGGAAGCGAUUGUUGCCGCGGGCCCUAAGGUCACAAUUCACGAUGUUCCCGUUCCAAAGCCCAACGCGGACCAAGUCUUGAUCAAGGUCGUCUAUUCAGGAUCGAAUCCCAAAGACUGGAAGAGACCUACCUGGUUUAGCCCUCAUAACUCCGGAGACGAUAUUGCUGGCAUAGUUGAAGAGGUCGGAGAGAAUGUUGUUGAGUUCAAGAAGGGCGAUCGAGUUGCUGCAUAUCACGAAAUCGGCGCAGACCAUGGAAGCUUCGCUGAAUAUGCUAUUGCUUGGGCGUACACCACGUUUCACUUGCCCAAGAAGACAAGUUUUGAAGAGGCUGCAACCAUCCCCCUCGCUGCGAUGACUGCUGCUUUGGGUUUGUACGUCAGACUUGGACUCCCUGAACCUUGGCACGCGACAACUACUCCCACACCACUUAUCGUUUAUGGCGGAGCUAGCGCUGUGGGAGCGUAUGCCAUCAAGCUUGCUCGUGCCUCGAACAUCCAUCCUCUUAUUGUCGUCGCUGGGAGAGGCCAACCCUUCGUCGAGACACUCAUCGACAGAAGCAAAGGUGAUACUAUUAUUGAUUACCGACAAGGUGAUGAAGCAGUCGUUUCCCAGAUCAAGGAAACUCUGAAGAAAGCCGGAAUAAGCGAGGUUUAUCACGCGUAUGAUGCCGUCAGUGAGCACAACAGUUACAAGAAUAUCAGCCAGGUUUUGGGCAAAGGUGGCAAGAUCACAAUGGUUCUUCCUGCCGAGAAGACUUAUAAGUUCCCCGAUCAUGUCGAGAAUAGCCUUACUCUGGUUACGGGCGUUCAUACGGAUAUUGCUGCCGACUCACCUGCUGGAAAGGCCGGGAUCAAGACUGGAGAAAAGGAUUUUGGAUUCGCUUUCUUCCGACUCUUCGCUAGGGGUCUUCAAGAAGGGUGGUUUAGUGGUCAUCCAUACGAAGUAGUCCCGGGAGGACUCAAUGGUCUGGAGAAGGCUCUUACGAACUUGCAGAAUGGGGCUGUCAGUGCUACCAAGUACAUCUUCAAGAUUGAGGAUACGAAAUGAGCUGUAUGGCAAAGCAAUAGCUAGCUGCUAUUCAAACUCUUUUA